AGUUACAAACCUAUAUCUUGGGUCAUUUUAAUAACUAUUGCCUUGAACUUGACGAAUUGGUAAUUUAGUUAACAGUGAGUUACCUCAGCUAAAUUUAACUACUAUUAAUGUAAACACGUCAAUUGCAACUAUUUGGUGAGCGGCUGUAUCUCACUGCCGUAAACGCGGUCAAGUUGCCCCACGCAGCACAUUAAAUUAGUUUUACCUCUCAAGGGGUUGUAGCUAACGUUGUUAGUCUAUAUAUACAUGUUUACUUUUAAGAGGUAGCCGGUUUAGUUUGCAGGAAAGGGUACAGUCUCCCAAUUCAUUUUGGAGUUGACCACUACAACAUGACUGUCUUUUGCGUAGAACAUCUCUAGAGUCAAUGUCAAACGAUCCGGGAUCAGCUGCCUCCACAAGAUCCACCUCUAAAAUCCACUCAGACUGUUAAGACUGUCUACAUUGCGAUCAACGGAAGACGCUAAUGAAGAUAACAGUCACAGACCCGGCGGCGUAACACAUUUAGUCACCAGGCAGGCAGGAUGAAUUCCCUCACUGGAAGGGCGGCGUUGCAUCUGUGUAGACGCACGGCCGUUGUGGCGGCCGGCGGAUUUCCCUUUCAGGCGGUGAGGGUCUGCCACGGCGGGGAGAGCAGCAAAGGCAGCGUAAGCACCAAGAAGCGCGGCUAUGACAUCACUCGGAACCCCCACCUCAACAAGGGUAUGGCUUUCACCUUGGAGGAGCGCUUGCAGCUGGGCAUCCACGGCCUGCUGCCCCCCUGCUUCUUGUCCCAAGAUGUCCAAGUACUACGUGUCAUGAAAAGCUAUGAAACGCGUGUCAAUCCUCUGGACAAGUACAUCUUGCUGAUGACGCUACAGGACAGGAACGAGAAGCUCUUCUACCGCGUGCUUACGUCGGACAUCGAGGAGUUCAUGCCCAUCGUCUAUACGCCCACCGUGGGCUUGGCAUGCCAGCAGUACGGCCUAGCCUUCAGGAGGCCACGGUUUGAGAUUGAUCUGGAGGAUGAUGCCAGUGAUGGCGACGGCAAGGCAACAGGAGGCAAGCCACUGGAAGAACCACCGCAAAGGCGAGACCCCGUGGCAAAAAAACAGCCGUUGAAGAAGAAGAUGAAGAGGAGGCUGAGGCUCCUCGGACAAGAAGAGGUGCAAACGCAAAGAAGCCGACCAAGAAACGCGGAGGUGACGAUGAUGAGGACGAUGAAAGUGAAGAUGAGGGCCCCAAGAAGAAGAAGCGGGGGGGAGCUGCCAUCACCACCUGCACCCUCUGUGUGCCCAUCCAUCCCCAGUUCAUCCGACUCCAGUUCAAGCUCCGAUGAGGAUGAGGAAUCCUUGUCUGAGGGAGAGAUGGCCCUGCUGAUGGAGGAGGUGGAAGAGAAGAAGAAGCUGAUAUCCACCAUCAGGAACAAACCCUGGAGGAUGAAGAGGCGACUCACACACCUGAAUUUUUCUCACCAGGCUGCUCUGGGCAUCGCUCACCUGCUAAUGAUGGCCAUGGCCAAGGAGGGCUUGUCUCGAAAGGAAGCCGCCAAAAGGAUCUGGAUGGUGGACUCCAAAGGUCUCAUCGUGAAGGGUCGAAGUCAUCUGAACCAUGAGAAGGAGGAGUUUGCGCACGAGCACCCCCACCUGAAGACCUUGGAGGAAGCCGUGCACACCAUCAAGCCCACUGCCAUUAUUGGAGUCGCCGCCAUCGGAGGGGCAUUCACGGAGAAGAUAAUUAAGGACAUGGCGUCCUACAACGAGCGGCCCAUCAUCUUCGCCCUGAGCAACCCCACCAGCAAGGCCGAGUGCACGGCAGAACAAUGUUACAACAUCACGGAGGGUCGCGGGAUCUUCGCUAGCGGGAGUCCAUUCAGCAAGGUGACGCUGGCCGACGGACGCUCGUUCUACCCCGGACAGGGAAACAACGCCUACGUGUUCCCCGGGGUGGCCCUGGGCAUCAUCGCCUGCCGAGUUCGCCACAUCUCUGAUGACAUCUUCCUCACCACUGCAGAGGCCAUCGCUGACAUGGUGACCGAGGAGCAUUUGGCCGAGGGGAGACUCUACCCUCCUCUUAAAUCCAUCAGAGAGGUGUCCUUCAAGAUUGCUGUCAAGAUUGUCAACUACGCGUACAAGCACAACGUGGCCUCGGUGUACCCGGAGCCAAAGGACAAAGAGGCGUUUGUCCUCUCUCACAUCUACAGCCCAGACUACGACUCCUUCACACUGGACACGUACGCUUGGCCGCAGGAAGCUAUGAACGUGCAGGACGUGUGACCAUCACUGCCCCUUGAAUAGUGCAUACUACUUAUGCUUUUUAUUACUAUUCACUUUCUUUCCUUAUAAUUUACGUCAGGAUUUCUUUGCACACCGUAUAGUAACACAGCACUCCGACUCCUGACUGAAGUUGCCCCAAUGGUAACAGAACCUUUUACAUCACUCCUUUUACCCGAUCGCUGAUUUCAUAAAACAUGUCUUUGUUCCUCUUCUUUGCCCUUGAGCGGCGGCGACACGCUGGGCUAACAGCACUCCCUGUCAAACGUGUGUCGUUGAUGUCAAGAUGUAGACUGAGAGUGUCGAUGUGACAUUUUAAAGCGUGUUGAUGGUGUUUUGUCCUUGAAGUUUUUAAAAGCGAAAAUUAAACUUUAAAUUGAACUUUUCAAAGUCA